GGUUCCUUGGAAAUAACACAGAGUUUGGAAGAUGAUCCGCUACUGGAUGCACCGCUCAUUUCAUCUCAUACAUUGCAUUCCCAACUGAGGCCAAGAUUUCAUGCAAUCCCAGCAGUUCUCCUUGCCAAUUUUCUGUUGCUAAUACAUGUUGCUUUUGUUGUUCUAGCAUUUUUAGCAGCUAUGUUUUGUUCUUACCCCAAUCCAUAUCAGGAUAAGUGCCCUGGAAACUAUAUUCACCCACUUAAAGUGCAGACUGUCAUAAUAAUUGCAAAAGUAAUUCUGUGGAUUCUGCAUGUUUUUUUUGAACGAUACAUCCAGCACCACCACAGUAAAGUCAGAAGCCGAGGUUACUUCUCGAUAUACCGAUCAACAAGACAUCUAAAAAGGCUUCCACUGUUGAUACACUCCACAGGUAAUGCAGCCCUGCUUUUGAUUCUGUCAGUGCAGCAUUCCUUUCCUGAUCAUGGUAAAGUGUACCUGUACCUUAUCCUGGGAGUCCUGGGUGUAGAGCUGAUUAGCUCCCUGACCUGCUUAGUGAUUUACACAGUGAAAAUAAGCAACUUCAAUCGUGCGAAGCCAAGACCUGACAUAAUUGAAGAAGAAAAGAUGUAUGCCUACCCUAGUCACAUUACCUCAGAAAUUGGAUUCAGGGAAAAUUCAAGUUUAGAAGAAAUAGUUGAGAAGCAAGGAGAUGUAAUAGAAUAUCUUCAGCGACACAAUGCACUGCUCAGUAAGAGACUAUUGGCACUAACAUCUCAGCAGAUCAAAACUUAACAGCAUCAGGAAAACUGCUGCUGGAGCUCUGGAGGGAACAUGAGGUACUGUAAUACCCAGACUGAUUUGUACAGGUGACUAUUCUUCAAUCAUCUUUCACCUUUUGGAAUAGAAGUUAAGCUGGAAGGAUGAGCUCUGCAUACAUUAUAAACCUAUUGCAACUGGACACUCUGGCUCUCUUAAAAUCAUCACUUCUGAGAAGUUUUGGAGCUUCAAGGAUUUUUAAUUCCUAAUAGGUU